AAAACAAAAAAAAACCGAGCUGAGCAUUUGCGUGUGCUUGUGUGCUCCAGCAGCGCAAGAGGAGCAGAUCUGUCCUGCCGAGCACAAUGUGAAACAUCUGCGCUGGAGGUGUUGAUGGCGCAGCGGACACCGGGGACACCGGCGCUGGAGGAGCUAGUGCGGGACUCCUUGGAGCCUCUGGCCGCCACCGGACCAAAAUGCUGAUCGUGGAGAAGACCACGGACUUCCCGUGCGCCGAGUUCUCGGUGGUGGAGGACGUGGCGCUCCACUUCACCUGUUUGAUGGACCGACUCAACGAGCAGCGCCUCUUCCAGCCCGACCUGUGCGACGUGGACAUCGUCCUGGCGGGCCAGCGCAGCACCUUCCCCGCCCACAAGGGGGUGCUGGCGGCCUACAGCCCUUUCUUCCACGCGCUGUUCGCCCGGAGCAAGCAGCUGCGCCGCGUUGACCUGUCGCCGGACGCGCUGACGCCGCACGGCCUGCAGCAGGUGCUCAACUUCAUCUACACGUCCAAGCUGCUGGUCAGCAGCCGCACCGUCGGCGACGUGCUCAACGCCGCCACCUUGCUGCAGAUGAGCGACAUCGCCGCCUCCUGCAGGGACCUCAUCAGCAGCCGCUCGCUGAGAGGCCACGCGGAGACCGGCGCGCCGCCCGGACCGUUCUACCGGGACGUGAAGCGGGAGCCGGGCCUGGGCGAGGUCUGCUCCCUUCCUGUCGGCGUGGAGGAGGCGGCCGCCGCCUCGCCGCCAAAGCAGUGCUUUCACAUUGAGGAGGGGGAAGUGGGCGGGGCCAGGGGGGAGGAGUCAAAGACGACGGCCUUCAACAGAGAUCAGAUCAUCGUGGAAGUCAACCUCAACAACCAGACGCUCAACGUGUCCAAGGGGCCAGAGGGCGGCACGGAGACCCUCCUGUGUGGUUGCCAUGGCGACACGGGAGCGCCAGAGGAGCAGGUGUCGGGGCGGGACACGGAAGACGAGGACAUGACGGAGCCACCUGAAGGGGCGGGUCCCAAAGUGAGACUGGAGGAGAAGCAGCAGUUCCCCUGUAAGAAAUGUCCUCGUGUGUUCAACAACCGCUGGUACCUGGAGAAGCACAUCAACGUCACGCACACACGCCUGCACACCUGCACGCUCUGUGGCAGGAAGUUCCUGCUGGAGGCCGACUUGAUGAUGCACCUGCAGACACGCUGUGACAUCCAGUGUGCGGCGUGCAACAAGGCCUUCAAGAAGCUGUGGUCGCUGCAGGAGCACAACAAGGUGGUGCACGGCUGCGCCGAGAAGAAGUUCUCCUGCCAGGUGUGCGACAAGAAGUUCUACACCAUGGCCCACGUCAGGAAGCACAUGGUCGCGCACACCAAGGACAUGCCCUUCACCUGCGAGACGUGCGGCAAGUCCUUCAAGCGCAGCAUGUCCCUGAAGGUCCACUCCCUGCAGCACUCUGGGGAGAAACCCUUCCAGUGUGAGAGCUGCAGCGAGCGCUUCCAGUACAAGUACCAGCUGCGCUCGCACAUGAGCGUCCACGUGGGACACAAGCAGUUCAUGUGUCCGUGGUGCGGCAAGGACUUCAACAUGAAGCAGUACUUUGACGAGCACAUGAAGACGCACACGGGAGAGAAACCGUACAUCUGCGAGAUCUGCGGCAAGAGCUUCACGAGCCGCCCCAACAUGAAGCGCCACCGCCGCACGCACACGGGCGAGAAGCCGUACCCGUGCGAGGUGUGCGGCCAACGCUUCCGCUUCUCCAACAUGCUGAAGGCGCACCGAGAGAAGUGCUUCCGGGUCAGCCAGCCCGCCGACGACUCCUGCGCUCGCCUUCCCCCGAUGGUGUCCGCCGCCCCCUGCGCUCCGAGCCCUCUGCUGGCCUCCGCGGGGGCUCCGCCUCCUUCCACGCAGCCGUCGCCCUUCUCUGCCGGUAGGCUGAACUGCGGCGACUAAUUGCUCCUUCCUCUUGCACCUGUGCCACACCGCCACUAGGUGGAAGCAAACGUAACUCCUUUUUUUACGAGACAACUUUGUUCUUUCAUUUGGCGCCGUGGCUUCCUCGCCGUGCACUGACUGGAGCUCCCAAGGUUCCUUUGCACCUGUCGACUCAGCAAUAAUAACCAAAAAGCUGACGUGUGUUUGAGCUUCUGUGUUACUCGACAUCGCUAACAACCAAAUCUUUCAACGUUUAUAAUCUGCCCAGCACCUCUCCUUUAUCUCCAAAGUGGCGUAAACCGUCUCCAUUUUUAGAACUCUGUCAAAGACUUUGUCCUGACUCAGCAGCGCCUCUGCUGGUUGCAGUCAUGCGCUGCACUCCAUUUUGUUGUCAAUUGGUCAACAAUAUCAACAAUCAAUUCAUGGAUUGUUAUUAUUAUAUAAAUGUAUUGCUCACGUUCCGACAAUUAACCUCUGCGUGGCAAACAGAAGGUAGGACUGGAGUAUUUCUUAACCAUAGGGCCCAACCUAUGCACGCCAUAGGGGGCCGCUGAAAAAAAUGUGUUCCUCAGCUGUGGUCCGCAGCAAUACUCCGUUGUAAUACACUUCUUCACCACUUGUGGCAGUAAUGACAAUGUCUAACAAACAGAAGAAGUCAAGCAGAAGUGUCUUAAGCGCAAAAAAGUAUGACUAAAAUGGUGAUUAUUUUCAUUCGUU